UAUCAGACAGGGGUGAGGUAUACUUACAGGUAUAGAACAGCAAUCUCCACAUCUCUACGCGGAUCUAAUGCUGGCAGAAAUGGACUAGUACUGGACUGUGUGGUUGAUAUUGAUGUAGUGUCCAAGUGUCAUCUAACAAUGCAGAUAAGGAAUCCACAGAUAAAACGCCUUUCCCCUCAGAAGGAACAUUCUGUGCCCCACUUAAAACGUUUGAGGGAGUCGCUGGAGAGAACGCGCCUCAAGUUUUCCCACCAGGGAGGAAAGGUCGUUGCUUUAUGUAUCCAGGAGGGAGAGCAGGUGUGGACGCUGAACAUUAAAAGAGCUUUUCUGAGCAUGCUCCAGACCUCCCGCACAACAUCCAAACAGUCAGAAAUGGAGACUGAUGUGCAUGGGACGUGCAGCAGCCUGUAUGAAAGGCGAGGACGACUAUUGCUGAAAAGCAGGGACUUGAAACAGUGUCAAAAAUCCAAGCUGGCACAUUUCUGGACCCACUCUGCAGUUUUAACUGGAGACACGUCAGUGCAAUCAGAGGUGCGCUGUGUUCAGGUCUACGGGUCAACCGUUAUGGAAGAAGUAAACUGCACCGAAACAAUAGCCAUAGCAACCUGGUCUAAAACCGCAGGCCAGGUAAAAACGCAAACUGAGUCUACUCUGCUUCUGCUUAGAGCCCAGCCAGGCACAGUUUCCAUACCAGGUUCUUUAGAUACUGGAACACAAACUGGCUUGCAGUUUGAGGACGAAGGACCUGCUAGACCUGGAAAAGUGUUUGCUACACCAGACCUUGCUGGACAUACAAUCAGGAAGUUGUGUAGCCUCACAUUACAUCUUAAAGAGGUGUCGCAGCAGUUCCUUCACUUGGCUUUCCAGCUUCGAGAGCUGACUCUCUCACAGCUUAAGACACUUUGGAUGGAGGCUUCUUUCAAGUGCCGCAAUGACUGGCAGCCCUUGUUGGACGCAUUACCUGCUUGCGGAUCAGAAAACUGCAUCAUGCUACUGACUGACCUAAUGAAGGAGAAAGAACUGGACAAAGAGCAAGCUUAUUCUUUCCUUACCACCAUCGCCCUCAUCCCUAAUCCAUCGCCACAGAUCAUACACUCUAUCAAUACUUUAUUGGACAUCCAAGAGGUGCGGCCUAAGGCUCUGUUGGCUGGAUCCUCUCUUGUCCAUCAACUAUGCCAGCAGUCCCCUACUCCCUGCAAUGACCUUCCUGAGAUACAAACCUUCAUUAAGACGCUAGAGGUGGCCUUGAAAGAAGGCUGUGAAGCGCAAAGUGUCACCCAAAUAACUGAGACUGUUUAUGCACUGAAGUCUGUGGGUAACAUCGGCCUGACUGCUCCAAACUUCAUCCCUCUGUUAAAUCGCUGUGUGCUUAGCCACUCAGCCCCUUUGGAGCUGAGACUGGCUGCCAUUAAAGCCUUCAGACGCUUUGGCUGCUCAGCUAAUCUGUAUCGCUUCUCCCUGGAGGAUCCAGAGGUCAGAAUCGCCGCAUACCAGCAACUCAUGUGUUGCCCGGACCCCAACGUGUUGGAGGUGGUGAAGGUGACGCUAAGAAACGAAACCUCCAGCCAAGUGGGCUCAUUUGUGUGGAGUCAUUUGACUAAUAUCCUAAGGAGCGAAGACCCCAUGAAACAGAAGCUGAUUGAUUCACUGCCUGACGACAUAAUCAGCAAACAUUUUGAAGCAGAGUUUUUUAAAUACUCUUCAUAUUCAGACUACACUGUCAAACGUGGCAUGGGAAUGACAAAUAUAGAAACAUCUGUCAUUUUUUCUCCAAAAUCCUUCCUUCCGAGAUCUGUAACUACCAACCUGACGGUCUAUUUCCAUGGUAGAGCCAGCAACCUUCUGGAGGUGGACUUUCGAAUCGAGAAUGCUGAACCACUUCUGAAGAGCGUUUUUAGUCAGCUGAGUCCCAGCUAUGUCAGAGACCACACCGCUCCCCAACAAAAACAUCUGGUUCCCAAAGAAGCAAGGAGGACCAGAAGGAACACAAAUGAAGGCACCGGAGGAAUGGAAGACCAGUGUUUAUCCAGCUCCAAUAGUUACAUAAAGCGGGCCAGGGCAUUGUUGUUUGCAAGGAAACAUAUGGAAGAGGAGGGCCUGAAGUGUGGAGUUGGUGUGAAAGUGUUCGGCAAUGAGAUCAGUGUUUUUACCUGUGAUGAUCUCGUCACUCAUGUCAACCAAAUGUCGCUGAGCGCAGCAGGACUGGCUGUAAAACUGCUCAAGGUGUCUUGGCGAUGGUCAUGA